AGGUAAACAGUCAAGGUAAUCUUAAUCGGGUAUUGUGUAGGUUGUGGUAGGUGAAUUGAGGUUUGUGUAGGUGAAGCAGCUGGUGUGGCAAAUAAGGGAGAGAUUCACAGUAUUAAACGGUAACUAUAUCUUGUCCUGUCUUUACCUUAUAAGAUAAAUUAUCGGAGUGUGUGAAGCCCGCCACCAUGUGUUGCUUGUCGCUCAAAGUAGUGAAAUGCGUCGUCAUCUUGCUGAACAUCCUUUAUGUUAUCACAGGGCUAAUGCUGUUAAUCACAGGCAUCGUCAUGAUGGUUAGUAGUGAAUACGAGGCGCUCUUGCCUAAUAUCGCAUACCUCAACACCGCCUACUUGCUUAUUUUUAUUGGCAUUGUCAUUUUCAUAUCUGCCGUGAUUGGCUGCUGUCUACGGGAUACUAAAUGUUGUGUAUUAACUUUCUACUUCCUCGUCGUAUUCGUCAUCUGUUUAGAAGUUUCUGUCAUCAUUAUCGGAUACAUUGGAAAUGGAAAGUUACGUGAAAGAAUUGAUGAUUACUCAAAACAGGAGAUGAUCAGUGAUAUGGUCAAGUACAACAACGACAACGAGAUAAGGACUGCAUGGGACAAAGUCCAGCGAGAGAAAGGUUGCUGUGGUGUACGAGAGCCUAGCGACUGGUACAAUGGAAUAUAUGGAGACAGACCAUUUAAAACAAACCAAAUUCCGAAUUCUUGCUGCUCGACGGACGUGACAGCCGGUUGUGGACAAGAAAAUGUUAUAAAGCACGCUAAGGGGUGUAGUGACAUUAUUCUGGAUGCUGUUCAUGAAAAACUGGCUAAACUAGCAACCGUCUCCUUACUUUGCCUCCUAAUACAGAUCGUUUUGGUGUUGUUUGUUUUGUGUUGGUACUAUAUUCUCUUCCGUAACAAAACAGUCCACUAUUGCUGUUCCUGCUGUGUCUAUGAAAUGGUCGAAAUUGAAGACGAUGAAAAAAAAUGUUCAGCUUAAACAGACUCAGUAUAAAUAAAUAAUUCAUGAUUAUGUAAAUAGACCUGUCAUAUUUUAAACGAGUAUAUCAGUCGUUAGAUUUCUAUUAGUUUGUAUAUGAAAUAUGUUUAUUUAAGUACAUGUAAUAUAAUAUUCACAAAGCAUGUCAAUUAAAAUUACUAAUGCGCGGGCAUAAACUAUACUUAGCGCCUUCUAUAGUCGCUGAACUUUCAGUAAGUUUUAGAUCCUUGCCAUUUUGUUUAGGGUUCAGCUCGAAAAAAAUAAGAUUUGGUGUAAAACUAAAAGGAAUAAUAAAAACAAUUAAUAAUAUGAGAUAUAUUUUAUCAUCAUCGUCAUCCCGUUUGUCCCCUCUUCGCGGGGAGGGGGGGGGGGUCGGGUCGUCUCAUUAUCGUCCUCCAUCUGGAGCGAUCCAUUACUGCUUCUAGGUCCACUAAUCUUUCAUCUUGUCUCUGAUGCAGUCCAUCCAUCUCUUUCUGGGUCUCCCUCUUGGUCUCCUCCAAUUCUCCACUCUUUCUGCUGCCCAUCAUAUCAUAUCAACCUCUUCCCGUCUCAUAUAUGUCCGUACCAUCUCAGUACGCACGCUUGGAUUUUAUCUCCCAAACGUGUCACGUUUGUCUCCUUCCAAAUCUCCUCAUUCUUCAUUCGGUCUUUCGGUGUUCCAUGGCUCAGCCCCAUACAGUCCCCCUAGUCUGAUCAUUGUUUUGUAUAAUUGGCUCUUUAGCUUUGUUGGCAUUCUCUUAUCGUAGGUGACUCCACUUGCAUUCCUCAGGGCAUUCCCGGUUCCUUGUAUUCUUGUCCUCACUUCCCGCUCAAGUUCUCUAUUUUCAUGGAGCCAGCAGCCCAAGCACUUGAAAGCUGUCACCUGCUCCAGCUGUUGCCAUCUACAUAAUCUUGUUACCUGUGGCACCAGUUGCUGACGUAUUACCACCAUUACCAUUGCGUUUGGUUUUACUCAUCUUUAUUCCAUGAGAUGCAAACUGCUCAUACCAUGUAUUCAUUCCAAGUUGCAGAUCUGCCUCUAUAUUUUACAUAAUAAUUGAAUGACCUGUUUCUCUUACUCUUGGUUCAAAACCAGAAAAAGUGGUGUUUGAGCAUAUUACCAUAACAUUAUAUUUGUAAUCGUGGACACAGACUUAUGGGGUUGUUUUUGUUAACUCUUUGUGGUGUGGUUAUAGAAUAUCAGUACAAUGUUCAAAUCAA